CCUCACCACGCCCGCUUGCCCAGACAUCGCCAGCAUCUACCGGUUUCCUAUCGCGUUCUUUUCGUCCCAAAGGCAGGAAGUGAAGUUCAAUCCACCCACCCCUCCUACGAGUACGGUCAUAAACAAGGGGUGCGGCCAAGAUUUUUAUAAUCGCCAAGACUUUCUCAUCGUGAACUUGAUCCUAUAUUUGGGUUUCAACCAUGUUGCCUCCUUCGCCAACUACAGCUGUGAAAUAUCCGGAUCGAUCAGAUCUUAGGCUAAGGCAAGGACGCGGGCAAUUAGAGUCUCAGUGCAAUUGUCCACCAGGCUCAGCGCAACAUUAUUUAUUGAAUUUAACAUCAGGCAAUGCUUCUCCUUCAUCUCAGCUCCAAUGCAUACACUCUUUAUCUCAAACUUAUAACCAGAACAACAACAGUGCGACCCAUGGCACAGAUCUCCGGACAUCCUCCCCCGGCUCAGCCAUACAGUCCGUCGGGUCAUAUCAACCAGCAAGCCUCUAUGAUCGCCCAGGAACCAGCUCGUUGUUCCAGACCCCAGGCUAUGUCGAUCUUUCAAUUCACGGCAUCAGCCCUUCCUCCUUUUCCGUCAGAGGGCUAACACGGAAGAACUCAAGUGGCAGAGAUGGAGGCUCAUACCACGAAAGUUUCAAGGCACACCAGGAAGACGCGCCAAAGAACAUCGGAUUCUUCGGAGUUUCGUUAACGGACUAUGAAAUCGUGGAUAGUCUGGACUCGAGUGCUUCUGAAGGUUCGCUUUUGUCUCAGUCGAAUUCUGCACCGGAGUCAAGUGAUUCAGGCGAGGAGCCCGAUUUUCCUCGUCUGGACGACAGCUUUGACUCAUUCGACUCAAGCUGGUCUCAGAUACAUUCAGAUGGUAUUGGCGCGCACAUCCACUCACAUUCACUCAACAAAUCUCAGCGACAGGCCAAGGACGAAUUUCGCCAUGGAUUCGUCUCUGAAAUGUGCGGAAGGAAAGCCAGCAGAUGGGAUCGCAGAAUUCAGCUUGAACUCACCCGCCAAGAGCGCCGUCGCAUCAGACAACUUGUCUUCUUUGCCGCCUCCUUCAUCAUUAGCACUCUCUUUCUUUUUGGUAUAAUUAUGAUCAACAUCGAUCAGCUAUCAUACGACCUCGAUGUAUCCACUGGGCCCACCCACAUGCCGAUUCCUAUCAUUGAGGCCCCUGAGCGCGAUGCACUCAUUAUUUAUCGUAUCAUCGGAAACGAUUUGCCACCAAGGCAUUCUCCAAAACAAACUUUAACAAACCUUCAAUUUCUACUUGAGCAUGAAGGUGAUUUCGAAGAAAUAUCUCGUUACAUCAACGCAGAGUCUGAUUCAGAUUCAGACAGGGAUCUGAGGGGCUACAAAUUAAGAGUCAAGAAGUUUUUCGUACUCAACCGGAUUGCCAAUCAGACGCAACUUUCACUCGUCAAGAACAUUCUCAAAGUACACGGCGUCGAAGAGGGUCAGAUUUUGGUCAACCCAUUUGUUACGGACGCCUACCGAUCCCAGCCCUUCAAUGCACUGCCUGAUAUUGGCUGGGAUAGUGGACUCCAUUCGACCUGGGGGGUAGACAAGGAAGCCGCGGAAUCGACAACCAUUCCGAAAGCCAUCGAAGAGCAAAACCCCACGGAAAAUUCAACUAGUUCAUACAGAGGUAGUAACUCGGAUAGAUGGAGGGCUCUAGACUUUACUUAUCAUGCCAAAAACCUCUACGCAAUGAACAAUAAUGGCGGCCGGAACUUCGCGCUCGAACAUGGAAGAAUGAUUCCCGAAGCCCGAUGGAUUCUUCCCUUGGAUGGCAACUGUUUCUUCACUCCGGCCUCCCUAUUUUCACUCGCCAGCUCUCUGCGAGAUUCAGACUUGCAACCUGAUCCACCUUCUCAUGUGAUUAUUCCUAUGUCACGCUUACUGGACAACGAACAAGCAGUAGCUCAGAAUGAGCCGAUCAACUUAAAGGAAAGGGGCUUCAGACCACAGACCAGGGAUGAACCACAGAUUGGCUUUCGAUUCACAUCCACGGAGAUAUACUCUCCGGACAUGCGGUAUGGACGCCGAUCCAAGUUGGAACUAUUAUGGAGGUUGGGUGCCAUCGAUCGAGGCCGCAACCUAGACAAAAAGAUUGGCGACUGGGAAGUAAUGGAGAAAAAUAUCUUAACCUCAAAGUCUUAUGGUACGAUCCGCCGGACAGUACAAAGCACCCCUGCCACCAGCCACCAUAGAGCAAGAAAUCAUCCCGUUCAAGGUAGUCCCGAUUACAUUCGCGCAGGGUGGGUCUUGAGGCUCUUCUCCGGUGAUCAGAGUCAAGAGGAGCAUUCCGAGAAAGCUAGAAGUCGACGUUCCGUGAAUAGGAUGAAAGGCAUCAUCUCGUUCUUGGAGAGCAUAGAUGAAUCAAUUGCCAGAGGUCCCUCGAGUUGCGAUCAAGGUCGUUUGGAUGUGAAUUGUGGGUUUGCAGACUGGCGGUUGUGGAGCUUGAAUGGUGACGAAUUGGAAAAGAUGAAACUGCAGCACAUCAACAAAGAUCCAAGCGUCAGGCCCUUGGUCGACAAACUCGUCCAGCUUUCCGAAAACUUUGUCACCUAUGCUUCAGCUAUCCUUUCGAAAGGUCCAAACGAUGUGGCUAGGAGUGUGGAUAUACCCGCGAUUCCCAACACCAUUUUCAUUCUAGCCUUGACCGCUUAUUUCACAGAUGACGAGAAGUGUGCGGAUAUGGCAGCAAGUUUAACAAAUAUGGUGUUUUUACAAUCGCGACCCUCACUAAUACCUAACGCUUUCCCAGUCACUCUCAACACCCAAUUGCAAUCUCUCCGUCUUCAAUCAGAUUACGACGGCUCCGGGUACGCUUUUCCGAUACCCAGACAUGAGAAUGCUCUACCGAAUUGGGUGAAAGACACCACGCUAGAGCAUAUCCCAUUCAAUCCUUAUACAUUUGACCCCACCCUGCUUCUUGAUGGGAUCCGCUUGUUGUGGAAUGAUUGGAGAACGUCAACCGACAAACCUCAAAGCAAAUGGCUUCAACAAUCCAUCAGAGAAAAAAUACCCAAGCAAAAACUUCAGGAACUCUUCACAUUACAAAUCAGCUAUCUAUUAUUGAAUGAUACGAUGGCGCAAGAUUUCUUCACUCGAAAUUCGAACGAAGUUGAAGGGAUGAACUACGCUUUGAAGCUGAGUGCCUUGGCCAGUUUCACGGAUGACGUCCGUUUGUUGAACAGGAUUUGGAGCCGAACCCCGGUCGAAAUGUCCUUGCUCUCCAAGAUCAGCACAAUAGAUCCUGAACACUCAAAUACUGCAUUGAUUUUUGAGGAAGAAAUGCCUGCCGAUUUUGCCACCCUCUACCAGCGUUUUCGUACCGGUUUCCACAAUAUCAAACUCCAUCCCUUUCUAAAUUCAAGCACCCAGAAAAUUGCCAACUAG